AUGACCAGAACCAACAAGUGGACAAUUCACGAAGACAGAGCCGAAUCGCACUACUUCACACACAACGGCUACUACGGCGCAGCUCCUAACGGCGUCAAGAAACAUGGAUCUGGCAAGGGCAACUGGGGUAAACCGGGUGACGAAAUCCAGGAUCUGAUCGAGUCCGGGGAAGUCCCCCCAGUGUUCCACAAGGAGAGACGCGGGUCGAACUCUCAAGUGCACGAAAGCAAGCUUGGCCAGGUUCAGCAGAACCACGAAUGA